GACCGACAGCCUGGAACGAAACUGGCAUAAAAGAAAUAUUUAUGUUUUUGAUAGUUUUCGAAGCAGAACAUUAAACUUUGGACUUUCUAACAGAUCUUUCGGCAGUGUCCAAAUUGAAGUAUCGGUAAUUCUUAAAGUCAGUCCACAAGAAUACAAGAAUCUUUAGGAGACACUUGAAAGGUGAAAACGUGUUGCUCUGAACAACACAGCGGAUAGAUGGUUUAGAACUUCCAAACAGGAACUCAGGGAAAAACUUAUAGUUAUAUUACAGUUUUCUCCUGGUUGAUAAACUUCUUUUACUCGGUCAAUUAUCGACUAACUUAACAAUACAUUCAGUCUGUACAUAACUUUUUUGCAUUUGCAAGAGAAGACCUGGUAAUUAUGAGAUACGGGUUCAUGCUUCAGAGAUACAAGCCAAUUAAAAUUGUGCAAGAAUCGAAUGAUUUGCAGGAAAUUUAACAAUUAGGAAACUAAUCCAAGCGCAACGUAAAAAAAUGGUGUUAGAAUUCAAUGAUUGUGAAACAAUUUUAAUUGCCGCUUGAUGCAUAAACAGAAAGAAGUUAUUUACCAGCCGUACAAUAAAUGGCUUACUAAAACACUAAUAGAGGCUUGAAAGAGAUAAGAAUUUUUUAACAAGUUUACAAUUUAUUGCAAUUAGCUCUGUAAUUCUGAUAACUCUCAUCGGGAAAACAGCUUCAGUAAGACAGCAGUUCUGGCCUCAAAUAUGCACGAAAUACUUUUCCGUGUUCGUCAUUAAAAAAGCAGUCACUGGUUCAGUCGUUAAUUAGUUUUGUAACCUUUGCAGAACGUUCUUUUCCCAAGGGGCUGUUUGCUAUGGCUGCAAAAGCUAUUAACAUACGUUAUUAGAGUUAAGUUUGAAGUGACAUUCUGUUGUUUCAGCAUCCGCUAUUUGGAGUGUUUGUGUACAAAUCCACACACCGACAGUGUAGUGCUAAAGAAACAGCGCCGUCAAGAACGACUGUAUAUUUUAACUGUAAGAUGAACAGCAGCCAAAAGGGAAAAGCGUUCGAGAGAUGGGACCGAGAUGGCGUGGCGCAGCACAGGAAUACAAUGCACGAGAUAGCCAUGCAAAAACAACUCAGUAUGUACCAAAGAGAAGAGAAACUUCUAGAGAAAGAACUUCGAGAGAUUUCCAAAGUCAAAGAAACUCUCUUGCAGAUUCGGGCGCCGCUAAGGAGGAAAGUACAAGCGGCCGCCGUCGAGGACAACUCAGUUGAAAGUACUGGAGUUGAAAGGAAUUUGCGAAAAGUUUCUGCUCCGUCAACAAAGAGCAGCGUGGCUUGGCCGAGCGUUCAGCAAAGUUGUACAAAUAAACUUGACUCCGACGGCACUAAUGUGCCAACAUCUUCAAUGAGAACUUCAUUUCAAACGAAACAGAACGGGUCAACAUCUUCGACUAACUCGCGACAACGUAAUAUAAGCGUUCUUGAACUGCCUAAAAGGCAGCCAAAUAUUCCACCAGGAAUUUCUGGGGAGAAAGGAUUUUCACAAGGAAAAAUUUCCGCCCCGGCAUUUUACGCCGGGAAACGGCCGGUUUCCGAGGACAGUGACAAAAGUGGAUUUCUACCCAUUAUCAAAACGCCAGAACCUCCACUAGAGUGCAGCCCUUCGGUGAAAAGAAAAACCCCGCUACUUGACAGGCCGUUGAGCGCAAGUAAAGAUACUGAAGUAGAUUAUAACGCACGGUCGCCAUCUAAGUUAAGCCCGAUCGCUCCAAGUAGGGCUGAUACGACGAUCUCUAGGGCUCGAUCUGUCCCCUGCGAUCUUCCCUCUCAUCCGAUUACGCCGAGGGGACGGCGUGCCCAUUCGGAAGCGGAUGAAGUUGCCACGUUGACCAUGGAGGAGACACUCAGAAUCAAAGGCAAAUUUCGACAAAUUGGUCAUUCUGUUAUAGCAACAGCUUUGCUCAAAGGCUUGAAACAGAAAGGACAGCUCUCGUCAGAGGCCAUACAUAACAUGCACAAACCGAUCUCUCUAGGGGAAGGAAACGUGACGAACAACGAGGAAAAUAAAGGCGGCGAUGAAUCGACAAGCGAAUCGAAAGGUUAUGAUGAAGACGCAAAAGCAUCCACACAGGGGCAGAGAAGGCAAACGUUUAGAAAUAUCGCGCGCAAAACCAUUAAUGUCAACAGAAUGCUAAGUGUGAGAAACAAUGCAAGGAGGAGGUCACAAUCCGACCCGUCGCUAAUCGAAAACUCCAUGGCAAAAGCGGUGACCAAUUCGAAAGAAAAGAGAGACACUUCUGCACAGUCAAAAGACUUCGGGUCAAAGGGCGCUACGAUCGCUGGACAACAGAGAAGGAGCAGCAUCACGGAGAUUCAACGGGACAACACCAUACGAAAGGAAAGCGAAAGCGAGAACACUUCACAGACUCAACAGAUGAGCGUCAAACAAAGCGCUGGUGUUGAUCCUUUCAGGCCUCUAAUGAACCCACGCACAGCGCAUGCGCGCAGGAAAAAAAACACAUUUACUGGAGAGUUCAUCUUUCAGAGUCCCUCGGGAGAUAUUGAGUCACAACAAACCCAGCUAGAUGAACAAACCACGGGAAAUAAAUCUGUUCGCUUUGCUUCAGAUGCAGGGACUUAAAAAAAAAAUUAUCACUUUCGACAAUAACUGUGGAUAAUAAAUUAGUUGUAACCCCAGUGCCUUUAAAACAAAAUAAUAAACAGUAUAUCUAUCAACGUUAAUAUUUCGUUAUUCCUAUCAUUUCUGUUGCAAUACAGCGCUUGCAUAACUCUUAAACUAGAACUUUACAAAAGGCUUUGCAAAGUCUGCAUACGAGCCAAGUGGCCCAUCAGUUUCAGUAGCAUGAAGC